AUGAAAUUAUUUAUAUUUUCAAUUACUGGAACUAUUCUUUUAACAUUUAUUUUAUUAUCCAUUUUUCAAAUAACUACGACAUCACCAAUAAAUGACUAUUUAAAAGCUGAUUUUGAAGAAGAUCAACUAUUUAUUCUUCGAAAACCAAUACCAGGAAAAGUAAAGUCAAAGAAAACUAUUAUUAAAAGUACAACUAAAAAAGUGCCUACAAAAAAUGUUGCAAAACAAGGAAAACAUUAA